AUGGACUUUCAAGGAGUGGCUUUGGUGACAGGGGCUGCUUCAGGCAUUGGCAGAGCAACGGCGCUCCUCUAUGCGGCUGAAGGUUGCAAGCGGAUAGUCAUCGCCGACUUCAACACCAGCCUGCUGCAAGAAACAAAGAAGGAGAUCGAACAGUCACGCCCCGGCGUCGACGUGUUGGCCGUCUCGGUCGACGUGAGAAGCGAGGCCUCGGUGCAGAAGAUGGUGGACCAGGCCAUCGAGAGGUUUGCACGCAUCGAUUACUGCGCCAAUGUGGCUGGCAUCAUCCGCUUUGGCGACACCUCGGUGCUGCCGUUGAGUGACUUUGACGACGUCUACCAGGUCAAUCUGAGAGGAACCUUCCUGUGUGCAAAGGCCGAGAUCAAUGCCAUGCUUCAGCAGGAGCCGCUACGAAACAGCCAUUCCGAGUUCGAGGCCAGAGGCGCCAUCGUCAACGUGUCAUCCCAGGCCGGCCUGAUGGGGAACGGCAAUCUACCGGCCUACGUGGCAUCGAAGCAUGGGGUGGUGGGAUUGUCCAAGUCGGACGGGGUCAAAUUCGCCCAGCACGGCAUCCGAGUCAACGCUGUCUGCCCGGGCACGAUCGAGACACCCAUCCUGGGCGACCUGCCCCAGGGGGAGAUAGGCAAGCAACGAGCGGCGGAACGCACACGGGAGAUUGCCCUGGGCCGGAUCGGCCGGCCUGACGAGGUGGCGCAAUGCAUCAUCUUCCUGACCAGCGGCCGAAGCAGCUUCGUCACGGGCACGACGCUGGCAGUGCACGGGGGGCUACGUAACACCUGA